GACAUAAAAAUUCUUAACAAAAUGUUAUCAAUUCAAACCUGGUGAUAAAAAUAUGUCAUGACUAAUUGGGCUUUAUCAAGGAAAGGAAGGUAUUUGUUAUUCAAAAAUUAAAAAUCAAGCAAUAUAGUUCACCAUAUUUACAGACCAAAAAAUAAAAGCAAGUUAUAUGCUCAUCUCAGUAGAUGUAAAAAAAUUUUUUUGACAAAUUCUAGCAUUUAUUCAUGGUUUAGGAAAAAAAUUAACUCAGCAAAUUUCUUCACCUCAGAUAUACUAUUUUCAUGGGUCAGUAAAUGCUAAUGGGCAUCUACAAAACACCUAUAGCUAAACAUCAUACUUUAAUGGAGAGAGGCUGAGCACUUUCCACCUAGGAUCAAAAACAAGGCAAAGAUAUCCAGUCUUAACACUUCUAUUCAACACUGUACUAGUUUCUAGCCAGUGCAACAAGACAAGAAAAACAAAAAGCAUCAAGAUUGGAAAGUAAGAAGUAAAACUAUCUAUUUACAGAUGACAUGAUUGCCCAUGUAGAAAAUCCUAUGGAAUUUACUAAAAAGUUACUAAAACUAAAUGAGUUCAGCAAGGUUGCAGGACACAAAGUUAAUGUACAAAGAUCAGUUGUACUUCUAUAUGCAAUAGCAUUACAAAUCUGAAAUACUUGGGAAUAAGUCUGACCAAAAAAUGUGCAAGACCUACUCACUGAAAACUACUGAGGGAAAUUAAAGAGGCCUUAAAUACAUGGAAAGGUAUGGUGUGGAAAAAAAAAAAAAAAGAUAAUUUUUUGUGUUCGUAGGUUAGAACAGUCAAUAUUAUUAAGAAGUCAGUUCUUCCCAGGUGCCUGGGUGGCUCAGUUGGUUAAGUGACUGCCUUCGGCUCAGGUCAUGAUCCUGGAGUCCCUGGAUCGAGUCCCGCAUCGGGCUCCCUGCUCGGCAAGAAGUCUGCUUCUCCCUCUGACCCUCCCCCCUCUCAUGUGCUCUCUCUCUCUCAUUCUCUCUGUCUCAAAUAAAUAAAUAAAAUCUUUAAAAAAAAAGUCAGUUCUUCCCAAUUUGAUCUAUAGAGUCAAAGCAAUCCCAUCCAAAAUCCUAACAGUCUUUUUUUGUAGAAAUUAACAAACUAACUCUAAAAUUUAUAAUGAAAAUGCAAAGAACCUAGAAGAGCCUAAAUUACUUUGAAGAAAAGAGACAAAUUUGGAGGACUAUAUUAACUGAUUUCAAUACUUACAAUAAAACUAGAGUAAUUCAGUUGGGGGGAAAAAUUGAGGUAGACAAAUAGAUCAAUUGAACAGAAUAGAAAGUUUGAUAACAGACCCACACAUAUAUGGUCAAUUGCUUCAGUGAAGUUGCAAGGGCAAUUAAAUGGCAAAAAGAAUAGCCUUUUCAGGCUAUUGUUCAAAUGCAAAAGAAACGAAGUUCCAUCCACACCUUAUACCAUAUACAAAAAUUAACUCAAAAUGCAUCAUAGAGUGUUCACAGCACUUUGCUUUCCCACUGGUGUGCUCCUUUGGAGCUGAGUCAUUGCUGAUUCAUAGAGCUUGAAGGACACAUUGGCUUUUCUGUUUCAACAAAACUUGAAACUUGGAAACAAAAUGGAAGAAAACAAACAAUGCAACAGUAUGGUUAAUGGUAAUUUUGAAGAAGUUCCCAGCAAGGAGGUAACUGAGUUCAACCAUCUACUGUAGAGAUACUACUUUGUUAAAAAUUUAGUGGAUCAACAUCAACCCAAGAAGGUUGCAGACUUGGGCUUCAGUGAUGCCACACUUAGAUGGAUGCUAAAAUUCCACAGUUGCACUGAACAUCUUCUUGGAAUAGAUAUUAUUGCUGCCAAUUCCUUACAAUGGGAAGGGACUAAGUUGACUCCAACAGUGGGGGAUUAUCUGGCUCCUUGGGACCUAGAUUUGACUAUAACCUUAUAUUGUGCUUCUGCUGUACAGAAAGACUCUCGUUUGCUUGGAUUUGACUUCAUAACAUGUACUGAAUUGAUAGAAUACUUAGAUUCUGAAGAUCUGGCCAAGUUUCCUGAAGUCAUAUUUGGGUACUUUUCUCUGGGUAUGGUUGUCAUCAGCACACCAAACUCUGAAUUCAAUCCCCUGUUUCCAGCAUCAACCUUUAGAAAUCCAGAUCACAAAUUUGAGUGAAACAGAAUGCAGUUUCAGACGUGGGCUUUGGAUGUGGCAAAUCUCUACAAUUACUGCAUCGAGUUUACUGGUAUGGAGGCUCCACCAGCAGGAGCUGAACAUGUUGGCUACUGUACCCAGAUAGGGGUCUUCCAGAAAAACAUAGCAAAGGCAACUGAAUCGUGCAUUUCAGAGCCACAGGAACAUGUUCAUAAAGCUGUUUUUACAACCUCAUACCCGAGUUCACAGCAAAAAGAAUACCUCCGGCUUGUUCUGAGCACCGAGGUGUUAAAAGCAGUCGACUUCAUGAAAGUCGGGUUUCUUCUGGAUCUGAAGAAAAGUGCAGUCAAGUGGUUCCAGAAGGCAGAUGCAUCCAACGAUGGAUCAACCCUCACAGAAGCUCAAGGAGCCCAAACAAAGCAGUCCCCCAAACCUUACAGUAUGGGGAAGGUUUUUGUACCCCUGGAAAGACUCACUGCUUAUCCGAUGGUGAACCGCUUGGUGGACAGUGUGGAGAAGCGGAGAACACUGUUUGCUGAAGCAAUUUGACUAAACAGAGAUCAAACUGCGGUGCAGGCAGACUUGAUUGAUUCCCAUACACGAAACCUCCUUAAGUCUUCAUGAUAGGCUCACUUAGACAACUUUGUGUUGUCGUAAGUUAGGCAACUUAGUUUUGAAUUUCUCUAACCUUGUUCUUGUUUUUCAUAUGCUUUUUGCAGGGUGGUGGAGGGUUCAUAAUGUGCUUGUUCAUGUUUCUGUUAGUCCCAUGUUGAAUGUGACUUUAAAACAUUUUAAAGCAAAUUGGAUUAUCAAAUAAACCUUUUCCCAGCGUGGGGAAAUGCAUCAUAGAUAUAAACGUAAAACCUAAAAUUGUAAAACUUGAAAAGAAAACAAAGGUAAAUGGCCUGGGGUGAGGCAAAGAUUUCUUAGAUAUAGUCCAUAAAAGAAAAAACUGAUAAACUGGACUUCAUAAAAAGUAUGCUCUUUUUUUCAAGUUGGACAUAUUUAUUAAUCAGUGUAAGACUUCAACAUAGCACAUCAACAUGACUUUGAGCAUUCAGAGGGGAAAUAGUUCUUGGUUAAGCAGAAAACUGUACAAAUGACUUCUGAAGACCUUCAUUCUAAGCAGUUUUACAGUCAAACAUUUCAAUUAGAAGUCUGAACCCUCUUUCUUCAGUUUGCUGUAAUCUACAUUCACUAAGUAGAACUUGCUUUGAUCAUUAGGACACACUUUACUCUGGGUUCUGGGUUACUCUCUUCAUCCCAACAGAUACUUGGAUCAAACAAUGCCAGACACAAGACAUACACUGCUUCUCCAGUACCUCCAGCUCCAAUAAAUAUGAAGAGAGAAAUCAAGCUUGAAUGUUUUCUUGGCCUAACCAAGGACCUAGGGGAGCAUAUUUGUGGCAAAGGCCUUGGGUGUGAAAGGAGAGGAGACUAAGGCCAGGCCUGGGACUAAGUAGUCUCUGCCAAAAAAAUAUACUCUUUGAAAGAUACUAUUAGGAGAGUGCAAAGAUAAGCCACAGACUGGGAGAAAAUAUUAGCAAAUCACAUAUCUGAUAAAGAACUUGUAUGCAGUGUAUAUAAAAAACCCUCAAAAAGCAGUAAGAUAGGGACGCCUGGGUGGCUCAAUUGGUU